AUGGUCUCAGUACAUAGACCAAAAGAACGAUCGAAAUCCGAAUAUCAACGUGAAUUUACAUGGACCCCUCCCGCUACACCGCCCGUUCCAUCACCUGCACCAUCACCUGCACCUGUUGCCCCUUCCCCCAUACCACAAGAGUCAUUUACUGCUUGUAACACUCCCGAACCAGUAAAAUCAUCAUUUAAAUCAAAUAUGGUGAAUGCAUCUACUAAUAAUGCUAUUGAUUAUAUAGGAUCAAAAUUAUCGGAACUAAAUUCUAGACAACCAACACUUGCCACAAGUUUGGAUCCUCAAACGAAAAAGAUUGUGGCUUUAGAGGCGAAUCGUCUUUCCAAAAAAUCUCGUUCUUAUUCAAUGUACUCUUUACAUGAUCAAUUAAAGGUAGCGGAAGCUGCAAAUGAUUUGUCAAGUCAUUUCGAAACCGAAUAUAAGCGUGAAUUUGUAAACUGGAGGGAAUAUGGUUCCUCUGUAAGAGAAGACACUGCGGCAAAUAAGAAUAGUCAGGUUAUCGAUCAUUCUUUAAAACGAAGAGGUUCUUGGUCCGCUCCUUCUUUGCCUGCUCCCCUUAGAUGGCUGGAAGGUUUGAAUUUAGAUAUUGGUUCACGUGAAAAAUUACAACCAACCAUAACUGAUGCCAAAUCCAUAAGAGGAAUAACAACUAAGAUAACUGCCAAACCUUCAUUACAACGUCCGUCCACUUCGGCCGAAUUUCGCGAUUAUCAUUAUGAUGACAAACGUCCCAACACCUCUGCAGAGUAUCGUGAAUAUCAACAUGAUGGCAAACGUCCCACUAACACAACAGAGUAUCGUGAUUCUUAUUAUGAUGCCAAACGUCCGACCACUUCUGCGGAUUUACGUGAUUAUUCCCGUCCAAUGACGUCCGCGGAUUUACGUGAUUAUCGUAAUGAUGACUAUUAUGGUUCACAACGUGAUGGCAAAUCAACUUCAAGGAAAGAUAGUAAUUAUUCUCCAUUACGUUCUUCCACAACUAUGACUUAUUAUGAUGAUCGUGAACAAAGUAAUAGUAACAGGCGGGAUCAUGAUUAUUCGGAUGUUCGAAAAUAUAGUGAUCGUACACGAGAGAUCGUUUAUGAAGAUCGUCGACGAGAAAAUGAGUACGAUUAUCGUAGACGGGAAGAUAACGGUUAUGAGGAGGAAUAUGACUCUAAAUAUUAUAGUCGACCUGUGCAAACUUCUGAUCAAGAACAUUAUCAUUCUAGAAACCUUUCAUAUUCUUCAUCAAAUAAGGGUUCGGUUCAUGAGGAGCCAACAAGUUUAUCUGGGACGAAUCCUAAUUUGGAGGCAUUGCGUCAUCGAUCGAGUGUUAGUUCUGUAAGUUCAGUAUCAACGCCGAGUUCACCAGCAACUCCAAAUGGUUAUGAUAUUAAUGAUUUACGUUGGAGAAGAAGCAAUGGUUUGGAUCCACGUAUAUACAAAGAACAAUAUUAUUCUCCUUCAAUAGCUUCAAAAUCUUCUUCAAGUUCACACAACAAACGUCAAUCUCGUGAUCAUAAAUCAAUGUCUCCCCACAACUCUGCACUAGCAUAUGAUGGUUAUGGUAGGAAACCACAAACAUAUUCAACUUAUUCUACACGUCCACCGUCACGUGCUACAAGUGUCAGCAGUCACGGUACUUCAAUAGAAGAAGAGUCCGCUAUACUUACAGACAUGCUUAAAGAGGCUGAUUUGAUGACACUAAGAAAUUUAACUGAUCAAAUGAAUGUAUUUAGACACAGGGAUCUUGAUGUAGGAGGAGUUCAAAAAGGAGUCCAAAAAGGAACUCAAAAAGGAGUUAAGAAUACAGGUCGUUCCACACCUGUUGUUAAUACUGCCAAGAGGUCUUCUAUCGUUGCUGCAGGUGUAAAGAUCACCGGUACCACCACUACAACCACAAGAGGAACAAAAAACGUUUCCACACCUGGAAUUCCUUCUAAUAAAAAGAAAGGUCAUCGUCCGACUUCUUCAUUAGCUUCCGUUUCUUCAAUAUCUUCAACCUCAUCAUAUCGUGAAGCGUAUCAAGAUUAUUCUAGGCCUCCUCCAACAAAUUUCUCUGCCGCAAGAGAAGCUUUAAAUAGAGCGAGAAUGAAAGUUGAAGAAAUGUUGGAAAUUGUAAGCAAUGGAGCUUAG